AUGGAGCCACCCGUGGCUCCCUGCCCACUGUCGCUCUCCACCAAAUACGCUGCAUCCCAACACCCGGCCGUCGCCGCUUCUCCAACUACAAGGGCCGACUACUGCUCUGCGUCUCGCCCCUGCUCCGAGCCGCCCUGGCUGUGCUCGGUCCGUCUUCGCGCCGGCCCGGCCUCCCGAGGCACCCGCUUGCCGGCUCUGCCCCGCCGGGCCACCUCCGCUAGCGGCCGGGUCUGCCGCACCAUCUCCCCGCGGCGGCCGACUACGCCCCCACGCCGGCUCGCCGUGGCCGACUGGCCCCCACUCCGGCCGGCUCUGGGUGGCUGCCCCGCGCGCCUCGCGCCUCCAUCCCCGACCCGUCGCUACGCCAGGUCCGGCUCCCGCGCCGUCCCUCGGCCGACUACGCCCCCACGCCGGCUCGCCGUGGCCGACUGGCCCCCACUCCGGCCGGCUCCGGGUGGCUGCCCCGCGCGCCUCGCGCCUCCAUCCCCGACCCGUCGCUACUCCGGGUCCGGCUCCCCGCGUCGACCCGGCCACCGCACGCCAGGUCCGGCUCCCGCGCCGCCCCUCGGCCGACUACGCCCCCACGCCGGCUCGCCGUGGCCGACUGGCCCUCACUCCGACCGGCUCCGGGUGGCUGCCCCGCGCGCCUCGCGCCUCCAUCCCCGACCCAUCGCUACUCCGGGUCCGGCUCCCCGCGUCGACCCGGCCACCGCACGCCAGGUCCGGCUCCCGUGCCGCCCCUCGGCUGCCACGCCCUUCGCCGCCUCCGGCUCAGUGCCCCGCCCGUCGGCCUCGUCUUCAACCCGGCCUGCCGGCUUCCCUGCCACCCGGCAGGGCCGGCUCCGCCCGUUUCGGUCGUCUUCCGGCUUCGCCCGGGCCGACUGCUCAUCCGCCCCAUGGUCCCGGCCUCCUCCCGCGGUGCCCCGCGGGCGCCUCCGCACGCCGCGCCCGCCAGCAGGCUUCCCGGCACCGCCCCACGCCCAGCCGGCCCCGGCCCCCUCCGCCUCCCAGCGCCCGCCCCAGGCCGGCUGCUCGCUCCAGGUGGCAGAGAGCCAGCCGGCUCUGUCCACGGCUGAGCACGCCCGUGCAGAGGCGUCGGCGCCAAAACGCCAGGAGGCGAGCUCGGCGGCGCGGGCGGCUCACCGGGGCUGCCGGGAGCCAGGGCGGCGGUGCGCCGGCGACCAAGGCCAGCAGGGGCGCGGCCUCGGGUUGCUGGGCGCGGGCACGGCGGAGCCGGCGCGUCCGAGUGUUGGCCGGCGCGUUCGGGGCAUGGUGAACGCGAGCGAGUUCGGCAGCGGGCAAGCGAGCUCGUGGGGCGGCGCUAUGGCGAGGAAAACGAAAGGAGGAAGAGGGGGAUCGAUGGUGGGGCUCACAUCGGAGCACAUGGAAGGCUCGGCGAGCACAGGGAGGUGCCGGGGACGACGAAGCAACGACGAUGGUUUCCGGGUCCGAGGUGGAAGACGAGGGCGAGCAGCUUGA